AUGAAUAUAUUUAUAUUUAUUUUAUUUGUAUUUUUAUUAUAUGUUAUAAAGUCAUUUAUUGAUAAGAAUAAGAAAUUCUCUAAUAAUGAUCCAAUUGGAAAUAAAAUUGAAUGGCCAAUUCUUGGAUCGAUUCAUAAAAUCAGUAAAUUGCCACACAGAAAGCUGAAUGAUAUGUCUAUGACUUUAGGUGAUGGUAGAAUGUUUAGAGUUUGGUUAGGUGAUCGUUAUACAAUUGUUGUUACUGAUCCUGUUAUUAUAAAGGAGAUAUGGUCAAAGAAUUUUAUGAAUUUUACUAAUAGAUACCAUACUGAUACUGCCAAGUUAUUGAGUGGUAACUAUACAAACUUGGCGACUUCUGACUAUGAAACUUGGAAACCAAUGAGAGCAUUGGUAUCUUCGUCAUUCACCAAGACAAAGAUCAGAACAAUGACCACUCUUAUCGAGAGUCAAUCAAGACACCUCAUAGAAACAAUGAAAGAAUUCCAAAGAUCAAAUCAAGUGUUCUAUCCAGAGAGAUAUUGUAAAAAGUUUGCAAUGAAUGUAGUUCUGGGAAUUGCAUUCUCUAAAUCUAUUCCUGAUGAAGAAGAUGUAAAUGUUGGAAUCAUGGCACAGUUGAUCGAACCUUUCAACAUGAUGCUAAAGGCAAUGGGUCAUGGAUCAAUAAUUAAUUUUGUAACAAUUUUAAAACCACUGCUUUAUGUAAAGAGUUAUCUGGUAUUGAGAGAGAUCGAAAAGUGUAGAGCAUACAUCAAAACCAUCUACGAUGAACAUCUUAUUGAUUUCGAUGCUGAAAAUCCAAGAGAUUUGUUUGAUAUUGUAAUUGCAGAGUGUAAAGAUUCAGUUGAUAGAAUUCUAAGAGUUUCAAUUGAUCUUCUGUUGGCUGGAAGUGAUACAAGUGCAUCCACUAUAGAAUGGUUUAUGCUUUUCAUGAUUAAUCACCCAGAGGUACAAGAGAAAGUUGCAAAAGAAUUGAAAGAAUUGAAUACCAACGAGGUUAAUUUGUCACACAAACCAAACGCACCAUAUACCAAUGCCGUGAUUAAAGAGGUGUUGAGAAUAAGACCGACUGCACCAAUGGGAUUGAACAGAUCAAAUAAUGAAGAUACUGAAAUCUGCGGUUAUUUCAUUCCAAAAGAGACACAAUUAUUAAUGAAUAUCUAUUCGGUUCAUCACAAUCCAAAGUAUUGGCCAAAUCCAGAGCAAUUCAAUCCCGAUAGAUUCUUGGAGCCAGAGAAUGUGAACAAUCAUGAAACUUGGAUUCCAUUUGGUGUUGGUCCAAGAAAUUGUGUUGGUUUAAAUUUGGCAAUUGAAGAGAUAUUUGUUGCAACAACCAAUAUUAUAUUGAACUUUAAAUUAAGUUCUGCAAGUGGUACUCCAAUCAAUGAUGAAGAAAUCUACGUAAUAUAUAGAAAUGGAUUAGCAACUACAACAGCAAAUCAAACAUUCUUGAAAUCAUCUAGUCAUUGUUAUAGCAAUGAUGUAACAUGUCUGUUUAAUAAGAGUAAUAGUAAUAAUAGUGCUGGAGGAUCAGUUGCAUAUUAUCAUAAAUUUGUUCAGUCACAGAGUACAGGACGUAAGAGACAUUCAGGUUACAAAAUUAAUGAACUUAAAUCGGAAUUAUCAUCAUCAACAUCAUCAUCAUCGUCGUCGUCAUCAUCAAACAAAAGAAACAACAAACAACACUCAUUGGAAUCAUUGAACAAGUUUGAUCAAACACUCUCUGAACCCAUAUCAAACAAAGAUGAAAACGGUAAUACAAUAGUAAAGAGUAUUCUAUACAAUAAUAAAACAGUAACAGGUCCAUUCAAUGAACUAUCACCUAAAUUUCAAGGAACUCUUCCAAUCGAUGGAAGAACCAACGCGUCAUUCCUACACAAUCUUGAUUAUCACUUAUAUCAAUGCGUCGAUGGUCGACAAAGCACUGGAAGUACUGUCGCAGUCGCACCAGAAGCUGACUGUAGACGCAUCGGCCUACAACGAACUGCUGCGUCGUCUCGCCGAGAAUCACCAGUUCCAGAUGUGCGAUGCCAUCAUCGGUGA